AUGUCGGGAGUCGAAGAGCAAAUACCAGGAGGCGUCAGGGUUGCGGUCGAGGGCUGUGGUCAUGGGACACUCCAUGCAAUCUAUGCCUCAGUUGAGCAGGCUUGUAAGGUCAAAGGUUGGGACGGUGUUGAUCUGCUCAUCAUUGGUGGCGAUUUCCAGGUCAGGUUCCCGGUCUUCAACGCCCGACAAGCUAAUGGUUUCCAGGCAGUGAGGAACCAAUAUGAUCUCAACGUCACCGCGAUGCCUCAUAAAUACCGACGCAUGGCCGACUUUCACGAGUACUACAGCGGCAGAAGGACUGCUCCUUACCUGACCAUUUUCAUCGGCGGCAACCAUGAAGCAAGCAAUCAUCUUUUUGAACUCUACUACGGCGGAUGGGUCGCACCCAAUAUCUAUUACCUAGGAGCGGCCAAUGUUCUCCAAUUCGGACCUCUCAGGAUUGCCGGGUUGUCAGGAAUCUGGAAAGGAUACGACUACCGGAAACCCCACUUCGAGCGACUCCCCUACAACCAAGAAGAAAUCACCAGCAUUUUCCAUGUCAGAGAGUUGGAUAUCAGGAAGCUAUUGUCGCUACGCUCGCAGGUUGAUAUCGGCUUGUCUCAUGACUGGCCGCAGGGGGUCGAAUAUCAUGGGGAUUACAAGUGGCUGUUUGACAAGAAGCCGGAUUUUGGGACCGAUUCGUAUGCUGGAAAACUGGGCAGCGUAGCUGCAAGACAGUGUUUGGACCGUUUGAAGCCCCCUUACUGGUUCUCUGCGCAUCUGCACACAAAGUUCGCGGCUAUUUUCAAACACAACCAGGAACAGUCCGCUAUGGAGGGAACUCAGGGACCAAACCAAGGCAGCGGCAGACGGGCUGAAAAUUCUCCGCCCAAGCAGACAAGCGAGUCCAGCCAACGCAGCCGUGUCGCCGCCCCAGCGAAAGGUCGUCGUCUCGCCUCGGCCUGGCAACAGUUCCAUGUUGGCGCUCAACAGGCAGACGCGGAAGAACGAGACAAGAUCCUGAAAGACAGAGAGGAUCAGCGGCUAGAAGAGGAGAGAGUCGGCAAGUCGCCCCGACCAGAAUACUCAUUCAAUGAAACAUUCAAUCAGGUCGUGCAGGGAGAAGGCCUGACUCGUACAAUCGUCUCGACAGCUCAGAGCCGACUUCACAACUCCGACGAGUAUCAGCCUAUUCCACAGCUCGAUGGCUGUUCCUAUUCAAGACCGAGCAAGCGACAACGUGUCGAAGACGAGCAGCAAGCAACUGCAAGUGAUCUGAACCACAAGGUUGCUGAACAGACGGCAUCUCGGGAGCAGAUGGACAGAAGCAGUAGUAGUCUGCUUUUACCGCCGCAAUCCGCGGUUGCAAAUCCCGAUGCUAUUGACAUCGAGAUGAGUGACGACGAGGAUACUACGGCAGUAGGCAGCGACACGACCUCCCAAGCCAAAUCUAUCCCGGUUGGUAACACUACCGUAAAAGCCAACCAAAGCAACGGCCAAAAGAAACCGGACGUCCCCAAAAGCCACUCGGAAGAAAGCGAUGAUGGAGGCGUCACGCUCAACCCACAAGCCGCUUCAUUUGCACCCGUGCCUGGCCUUACUAUUUUGCGGCCAGAGCAAGCCGGUACGGAUUCGGUGAAGCCGGCCGACCCAGCUUUGGAAGAGUUUGUUGAAGAGUCUCAACCGCAAGAUUCUUCUCGGACUGUCGCUAGCGAAAAUCCAACCCAGUCGGAUCAAGAUCACACUGCUAAUACUACUAGUCAAGUGUCCGAAGAAAUGAGAGCCCAACUCGCGGCGCUAUCUAGCAAUUUCACAGCCAAAGAACCCACCGAAACCUCCCCGCCGCUUCCGUUCCCCGAGGAAAUCACAAACAAGACAACUCACUUCCUUGCCCUAGGCAAGUGUGAGUUGUACCAGGAAUUUCUGCAACUUCUCGAAAUCGGCUCCCUGACAUCUCCGUGCGAAACUAUCACUCGUCCCCUCAAACUCUCCUACGACCCAGAAUGGCUGGCGAUCCAACGAGUGUUUGCACCUGAACUGCAACUCGGCGGUGCGCCGACUGAUAGAGUCAGUCCUCACCGUGGCGAGACCUAUGACCGGGCGCGAAUCGAAGUGGAACAACAAUGGAUUCUCGAGCACGUCGUCAGACCCGGCAAGCUGCAGGUUCCUGAGAACUUCACGGUAACAGCGCCGGUGUAUGAUCCUAGCCUGCAAGUCAAAUCAGACGAGAUGCCUCGCGAGGUGACGAAUCCGCAGACCAGUGCAUACUGCGAGUUGAUCGGGAUUGAGAAUAAAUUCGACAGCAGCGAGCAGGAGCGAGACUUUAGGAUGCAGCAGGGCCCGCGACCCGAGAGUGAAGGAUACCGCGAGUACCACAAUAGACCCCGUCAUCAGGGACGCGGAGGGAGUCGUGGUGGCCGCGGCGACGGACGGGGACGGGGGCGCGGAGGUGGCAGAGGAAGAGGCCGAGGCCGUGGAGGCGGACGAGGGAGCGGUCAUUGA